AUGGGUGACAAUGAUGAGGACAAAGAACUGAAGCAGAAAUUAAACUUUUCCUCUUGUGAGGAAGAGCAUGAGAACGAAGGGCAAAAGGAAACACAAGAGAGCAAGGAGCCCCAGAGCCAAACCCCAGAGAAGCCUGGAGCUCAGGAUUCAGGAUCUGUUCAGGCGGCAGAGCUUACACCUGUCAGGACUCCCCUUAGUGACGUACGUGACCUCAACACAUUUCAGGAAAAAGGCCAAGCGAGUCCAGGUCAGGGUCUGAGAACUCCAGUGUCACACUCUCUCACACGUCCUGAAACCCCAGCCCCGCCAGACAAGGGCAAGCCGCCACGCUGCGAGAGCCCCUUCACUCCCAAAGGCCAGGUGAGCCAGUCGGGGAUCUCUUCAACAGGGAAGCUCCCCUCCCGAAGCUCUAAGCAUCUGAAGCUCACACCUGGUCCCUUCACCGAUGCGAUGACCUCACUGGCUCUGGUCAAUAUUAAUCCCUUCACUCCGGAGUCCUAUAGGAAACAAUUCCUUAAAUCCAAUGGCAAGCGGAAAACCCGAGGCGACCUUGAGGAAGCUGGUCCAGGAGAAGGCAAGGUAGAACAAGGGCUGCCUGCCAAGAGAUGUGUUCUACGAGAAACCAACAUGGCUUCCCGCUAUGAAAAAGAAUUCUUGGAGGUGGAAAAAAUCGGGGUUGGGGAAUUUGGUACUGUCUACAAGUGCAUUAAGAGGCUGGAUGGAUGUGUUUAUGCAAUAAAACGCUCCACGAAACCUUUGGUAGGAUCAUCAGAUGAGAAUUUGGCUAUGCAUGAAGUUUAUGCUCAUGCGGUGCUUGGGCAUCACCCCCAUGUGGUACGUUACUACUCUGCAUGGGCAGAAGAUGACCACAUGGUCAUUCAGAAUGAAUACUGCAAUGGUGGGAGCUUGCAAGCUGCUAUAUCUGAAAACGCAAAGUCUGGCAAUCAUUUCCAAGAGUGCAAACUCAAAGACAUCCUUCUACAGAUUUCCCUUGGGCUUAAGUACAUCCACAACUCUGGCAUGGCACACCUGGACAUCAAACCUAGUAACAUCUUCAUAUGUCAUAAGAUGCAAAGUGACUCUCCAGUAGUCCCAGAAGAGAUUGAAAAUGAAGCUGAUUGGUUUCUCUCUGCCAAUGUGAUGUAUAAAAUUGGUGACUUGGGUCAUGUGACAUCAAUAAGCAAGCCCAAAGUGGAAGAGGGAGAUAGUCGCUUCCUGGCUAAUGAGAUUUUGCAAGAGAAUUAUCAGCACCUUCCUAAAGCAGACAUAUUUGCCUUGGGAUUGACCAUUGCAGUGGCUGCGGGAGCAGAGUCAUUACCUACCAAUGGGGCUGCGUGGCAUCACAUCCGUGAGGGGAAUCUUCCAGACAUUCCUCAGGAGCUCUCCAAAGAAUUUCACCAACUACUCAAGAACAUGAUCCACCCCGAUCCAGCAGAGAGACCUUCUGCAGCAGCUCUGGCCAAAAGUCGAGUUCUCUGUCCCUCCCUGGGGAAAACAGAAGAGCUUCAGCAGCAGUUGAACUUGGAAAAGUUCAAGACAGCCACGUUGGAAAGGGAACUGAAAGAAGCCCAGCAGGCCCAGUCCCCCAAGGAAUGCCACAGUGUCCCUGGGGUCUCUGGGACCCCCAUGGGAUCAAGAAGCACCAAACGCCUGGUGGGAGGAAAGAGUGCCAAGUCUUCAAGCUUCACCUGGGGGCAGUCUUCCCCAUAAGAACUCCUUUCACACCAACUCACCUUUUAUCCCCCAAAUAGAUACCGACUGUGUCAACCUUUCUCUUGUAAAGGGAGAAACUAAUGGACUUGGGUGCCCAAAGAUUUCAAAAGCCACUCCUAAAUUAGCAUUUUCAGCCAAGAUCCUACAGCUAUCAAGACUUCCUAGCAGCAAUGGUCGUAGGUAUUAUCAUUGGUAGCCAUUUCUCUUCUCUCUUGCUACAUUCCUAACACCACCUGUCAACAGUUCGUUCACUUCUCAGAUUUGUUGGUGCGCAACGGGAAAGCAUGGACCUCUGAACUGAAAGCAGCCCUUUGUGCAGGCUGUGGGCUAUGAGGCUGCCUACCUACCUAUCAAGGAUCCCAGGGACUCUCCGGGCAAACAGAAAGGAAUUCAAUUUGGUUUUGAGUUGAGGUAACAGUUUACAAGAAAGUGUGCCUGGAUUUCAACAACAUUUCCCAGGUUAGAUGAAUUUAUUCCUCAAGGAAUUUUCAGCCACUUUGAGCAAGUAGUUUUCCUACUGCAUUCUCUGAAUGGAGCCAACCCCUUUCUCUGAUGUUGUAUUUAUUAAGUUAAUGACUUCACCACCAUAUGAAGUGGGUAGAAAUAAGACUCUACAUAACUUCACAUUUCUGAGCUGGCUAUAAACUUGUGGAACAAAGCCACUGGGUAGAGGGUUCAAGGGAAAUUUGAUGUGGUUUGUUGUCCCUCAAUCUAUUUGCUUUGAGCCUCUUGUAACUGUUAUAACUGGUUUUGAUUCUCUGGUUAUCACCAAUUUCUCCUUGAUUUUAACAGACGUUGGCUUUGCUUCCUGUGAUUUAACUUAUUUUAUCCAAAUCCUUUACUCUGUAUAUAUAUUUUUAAAGGACUAGAAUGUUUGUAAAUAAAGGUUUUUAUCUUGUCCAAAGCCAAAUAUGAGUAAAGCACUCGUCUUUAUAAAUAUGCAACUAACAAAGAAUACGAAAUUUAUGUUGGAAACCAUGAGUAGAUAGGAGAGAGAAUCCAAUAGGCUGGUACUAACAGGUCUUGGCUUUAAGGACCAGCUUCACGGCCCUAAAAGCUAAUAAUGGCCAAGCUAUGAUACAAAAUAAUGUGGGUCGUAAAGGCAUUUGAGAACUCCUAGCUGUGUCAUAUUGAUGACGUUAGCCUCUUCAUGGCUCGUAGGCUUUUUGGCUGCCUUGUUUUCUUCUUUUCCCUUAAUUUUUAAAAGCAAAUUAAGAAGUUUUUAAAAUUGAAUGAAUCGGGCUCCCCUGGUGGCGCAGUGGUUGGGAGUCCGCCUGACGAUGCAGGGGACACGGGUUCGUGCCCCAGUCCGGGAGGAUCCCACAUGCUGCGGAGCGGCUGGGCCCGUGAGCCAUGGCCGCUGGGCCUGUGUGUCUGGAGCCUGUGCUCCGCAACGGGAGAGGCCACAACGGUGAGAGGCCCGCGUACCGCAAAACAAACAAAUUGAAUAAAUCAUUGAACAAACCAUCACAUCAUUCCUCUGUUUUGGAGUAGCAAUUUCUUCCAUGCAAUUAAGUGGGGUAUAGUGCUCUGUAUUGCCCAUUGACAUUUAAAAAAAUGAGUCUUUAUUCAGGUUUUUUUUUCCCCUGUACUCUUAUGUAUUUUUUUUUAUAUUGGAGUAUAGUUGAUUAUUCAGGUUUUAAAACUGAGUUAAUUUAUCUCUUGCCUCCCUGACACCAGCCAUGUCCCUUGUGGUACAGUGCUGCAAGGUCAACCACACUUUACGAUUUAUAAGCAGGUAUGUUAUUAAGAGUAUGCAAUGUAUAGCCCACAAUUCUGUGGUUACACUUUUCUUCUCAGGCAUUGACAACUACUAUUAGGGCCUAUGACCCCUUCUCUACUACGUUCCUCAAAGAUUGUUCUAGCACCUGAACGGACCCGAUGCCAGACUGUUGGUUUCUCUCCAUUUCUCUCUGCUGGGCUCCACAGUAGCAGGAAGUCACCAAAAGAGCAGGCAGCUGCACAGACACUGAGUGUGAGAGGGACUGGAUCCUCAAUGGGUUCGGAAUUUAAUCCCUUCCAUUUCAGUUGGAAGUUGACCCCUGGCCUCAGUGAGAAACUCCAUCCUCAGUCAUGAAGUUCUGUUUCUUAAACAUGAACACUGACGUUAAGGCGCCAACAGACAAUCUUGAGUUAAAGAAAUCUUAUAAAGAAAUACUACUGUGCUUUACUAAGCUUUAACACAUCUACCAAUUUAUAGAAGCUAUUUAUCUAAAACUGUAGAAAGAUGAACACUGAAAGUUAAAUGUCAACAUUUCAGCCUGAAUAGUUAGGUAUCUUAAAAAUCUCUGUAUGAACCAUACUGUCAAUCUUGAGUUGCAUAAAAACUGUCAGGUUGAGUUUUUUAAAAAAUUUAACAAAAUGCAAAUCAAAACUACAAUGAGGUAUCACCUCACACCAGUUAGAAUGGGCAUCAUCAGAAAAUCUACAAAUAACAAAUGCUGGAGAGGGUGUGGAGAAAAGGGAACUCUCUUGCA